GUCGUUCGAAAGGAACGUUUCAGUCUUCGGUUGGCGAUUCACGCGUGUGGUUUGGAAAUUUCCCCCAAAUAAAACAGGAGCAGUUCAGUCCCUGGCAUAGUGAUCUUGAGCAAAUUGGAUUAAUUAGUAGAGCAGGGAUUUUCGGAUUCAGCUAUUUUCCAGCAAACCAGCUCAAAAGUGUGUCGUCUCGCCGUUUCUGCAUCGCAUCGGAUUAACAGUGUUCCUGGAAAAUGAUCUCAACAAUUCGCAAAAUCUUGGUGCGAUGAUAUUUCACGAGCCAAAUAUAGAGGAUUAUUUAAGCACCUAACCGAAUACUGCCACCUAACGAUGGAUGUCGCCGACCCGAACGCCGUCCCACAGGACUUUCCCGAACCGACGGCUUCCGAUGCGUACCUGAUCCCUACACUCGGAUUGCACCAGGGAACGUUCGUGUUUUCCUACCUGUCGGCCUUCCUGUCGUACAUCACUCCCUACGAUCUGCCAGUAGUUUACUGCAUUUUAGAGCUGCUGCGGGAUGCCUUCCAUACCCGGGUUUCGUUUUUGCAGCUGAUUAUGGAGGCUCUCAAGGUGGAAUCGGGCUAUAUCUGCCUGAUAGCCAUAUUUUUCCUCGUUGCACUGAUUCCGCUAUGCUACACGAUAGCGUGGGGUUGCUCAAAGACUUUGGAUGAAGAUAUUAAUCCUGGUCCCACGGUGGAUGCUGUGAUUCAGGCGGAGGAGCUUUCGCUGGAGGAAUCACUGCAGUGUAGGAGGAGCUGCUUGGGACUUACGCUGCAAAUCAUCAUACUACUGCUGAUAGCAGCAGUAAUUGCAAUGUUUGUGACAAACGAGCAGAUUGCAUCGGCUGUUGAUCAAACACCUCAUGUGGUACGGUCUUCUCUGAUGGACGUGGAGACAUUUCUCAAAGACACGGAACAGCAGAUUUCCUAUGUGAUCUACGAGGGGUUGGGGACAGCUCUGGAUCGGAUACGAAGUGAUCUAAGCGAAAUAGACAAGUUGCUGGGAGAACCCAUCCAGCAUCAUCUUUCGCUGUUUACGGGGAUUGAGAUAAUAUUUGAAUCGAUUAUGGACAUAAGUACAAGUAGCAACAACUUGUCGAGGAGACUAUUUCUGCUUCAGGAAACUCUAGCGAGAGCUGCGAAAAUAUCUUACGAAGCGGAAUAUCGGUUAGACGAGCUUCAAAUUCAGCUUUCUGUACUUCAGAGACAGUGCAGCUAUCGGGAUAGACCACUUUGUGAUACGUUGAAGAUCAAAACCUUCGAAGAGUCUGGUUUAAUAGAAAAGCUUAGGAAACUGCAAGGUGAUCCUGUUCUAGCUAAGAUGAUGUCCAUGGGUGAAGCGGGUAAAAAUAGUACGAUGAAGCUGUUAACGCAUGAACUAACUGUCGCUCGAGCAGUGUUCCGGAACUUCCAAACCGACCUGAAGAAUUCAACACUAUCAUCGAGGGAUCGUAUCCUUCUCAACUUGGAAGAUAUCACCAAUGUAACGUAUUCGUCGACUGGGGCUUUGUCAAGCACAAUCAACAACUUGAUCCAACAGGUUUCCAAAACAGCAAACUUCUCUGAUUCGUUUUUCGACUACUACCGGGAGAUUGGAGCUAUCCAAUGGUUGACAGGCUUAUCUGCAACUGUUUGUACCUUGAUGGUAACCUUUAUCCUUCUUGGAGCACUGAGUUGUGGAUGUUGUCACGCUGAUAAUAAAGCAGGAAUUACUCUGGUGUUUGGAUCGAUAGUGAUAUGCAUGGCAAGUUUGGUCCUAUCUUGCUUUGCUAUGGUCGAAAUGCUGAUGGGAGCACAUGGACAUGUUUUCAUGUGCCAUCCACUGUACGAUAUACCGAAUUAUACAGUACUAGGAAAACUAAUCGAUAAACCUGGGCUUAUCUACCCAGUUGAACCACGGAAUGGAAUUAUAGAUGAACUUCUCAAAGGAACAGAUCCCAAUAGCACAUUUACAGUGAACGUUCCUCUGGCAGCUGCCCUCAACGAAUGUGAACGUGGCAAAGGAGCGUAUUCCACCUUCCAGCUCGAAGGACUCAUCAACGUUUCUUCCAUCAUGGACUAUCACAACUAUCCAAGGUUGGAUCAAGCGAUCGAAGAAAUGGUAGCAACCGAAUCGCCCUUCAUGGGUUUCACCGCUCAGAUACAAGCUAUCCUAGAAGACAUGCUCACUGACUCCGACAUCAACCUAUCGAUCUUCCGGAUGGAUCUCACCCAACUUUCUCCAGAAAAGGACGCACUCACCUUCAUCGAUCAGCUGCAACGAGUGUCAGCCCAAAUCCAAGAUGUUGCCACCUCUUCUAGAAUGACAACCCUAGGAAGCAGAGCCAAACGUCUCCAGGUAUCACUUCUACAUCCUCUAGAACAACUCAGAGGCGAUAUCGUCUAUCAUCUAACCGCCCUAGAACUCCAGAUAUCUCCCUGGGCAAUGCAGGUCAACAAAAGUCUGAACCACCUCAGAAACGCCCAGUCCUAUUUCGAUACGGAAGCAGCCGAAGUCUGCCACAAUAAAAGUGACCAGUUCAAAGGUCGCCUCAAGGGACACUUCGAGGCCUACAGGAACCACACCAGUUGGAUUCUGACCGACAAAUGUGCCAGCUGUAGGCCACUGUUCGAUAUUUUCGAUGCAAUGCGAAUGUUGUUCUGUCAUCACAUCAUGGAUCCAAUGAAUGGACUGUGGUUUUCGGCGUUCCUUUGCCUAUUCCUGUGGUCCAUCGCGACCCCAGUUUCGCUGAUGAUGGCCACGACCUAUCGGAGGUUAGAUAUGCUGGCCGGGAAGCUGCAGCAUACCAAUAGCAACUAUUAUAGCCCCGGUUCAACGCGAUCGGAUCCUCGAGAUCACCGUCCUCAACACCAUCAACAGCAUCAUCAACAGCAUCAUCAACUGCAGCAUCACGAAUCUGCAAGCCAUUGGUCAACUCAAAGAACUGCCUCUGGCAUCAGCCCUGUCAGUGUACUGCCGGAAAUUGACAGGUCCAACUGGUGAUUGACAAACCCGGUUGGGACCUGUGUAGCGUAAUACUUAUCAUGAUCUCUUCGUAGUCAUACGUUCUAUGAUAAUUUAUAAUGUUCUGUUUUGUUGAAAGUCCCCAGUGAAUUAUUUUCUUUCUGUUUUGCUUUGUUUUUGCUUUUUUUUCUGUUGAAUUGCAACGUCAAAACGACAGAUCUCUAUCGGUGCACAUUGCUGCGGUCAAGGAAAGCUGCACCGAUGACGAGGUCAUUCUGGACGAUACCAAUGCCUAUCACGAUGGAGAAGUUGUCAUCGAAUACAUUGAACUGUCGGCUGAUGUUGAUGAUCCUAGUAUUU